AUGGAGUUGAUUAAGAAGAGGACAAGAACAAGAUUUUCCUACAAGGAUUACGGAAUUAUAUUCUGCUUGCUGUGUAAUGGAGCACAACCUUUUUCAACAUGUGAAUUAGACGACGAAAUAACAAUUUAUGAGAGAGUUCUACAGAUCAAUGAUGUAUAUUUGAUUGAACUAUUCAAAUGUUUCAUUAAUCCUCAAGACGUUCCAUGUGAGAAGUCUCUGAAAUUAAUUUUAAAUAAUUUCGUUGAUGAUGAAGAUUCCUUUUUGCGUCGACACACACCCUUGCACAUGGCAGCCACAUUGCCAAAUGCGAACGUAACAAUCACUCUUUUGAACAAGAAAUUAUGUUGUGAGGAGAAAACCACAAACGAGGAAACACCGAUAUUCUUUGCUGUGAAAAACAACCAGAUGGAACAAGUGAAAACCCUUCUGAAAUACGGAGCCGCAACCUCAGAGCGAGGGACAUAA